AUGAUAAUUAAGAGCUUCUAUACGCCGAGUUCAUUUUCGCCAAUCUGUGCGGGUCUCCACGCCCCCCCUCGCCAUCCGGCCUGCCACGUUGCCGCCCCGUUGGACGUUAUUUCUCUUUUCCAAGUCGUCUUUUGCUCGACGCGGCUGCCUCUAAAACCGCGAGUCUGGACACUUGCGCCGAUUGGCAAGAUCGUCUUCCCCUCCACUCCUUCUCGCCCCAUGGCCCCAUUUCACGCCAUCACACGUACACACACGCACCAGCCGGCUCAUUCACACGGGCGCCCAUGCACACAAAACAACUCAUGUGGUACAGGCAAACUGGCGGCCGGGCGUAAGUGA